AUGGAGAACGCUAGCAGCGGCGUGCGUUGCCAGCGGUACGUGCCCCCGGACAAGUCGCUGCACGGCGUCGCAGAAAAGGAAGGCGCCGCAGACGAGCGCGACGCGCUGGUGGCCGACUGUCACGAUCACGUCGCUCUCGGGCACUCGUCGUCCAGCGACAACUGCACCGACCACGACAGCAACGGCACGCCGAAGAAGAAGCACCGACGAAACCGCACGACGUUCACGACGUUCCAGCUGCACGAGCUCGAACGAGCCUUCGAGAAGUCACACUACCCGGACGUGUACAGCCGCGAGGAGCUGGCGAUGAAAGUCAACCUACCCGAGGUCAGAGUUCAGGUGUGGUUCCAGAACAGACGAGCCAAGUGGCGACGGCAGGAGAAGAUCGAGGCCGAGAACGAGGCUCGGCUGCAGGAGCUGUCCGGCCUCGCGUCGACGGUGACAAAGUCCCGCAGCGUCGGCAACCUUCUGCCGCUCGACCCCUGGUUGACCCCGCCGAUCGGCGCCCUGCCCGGCUACAUCUCCCGCUUUCCGACUACCUUUCCCGGCUACUUGAACACGACGUUUAGCACGUCGCUAAGCAACACGCAAAGCUUGCAGACGAUGACGACAGAGAGCGCCACCGAUCCGCGCAGCAGCAGCAUCGUAUCUCUGCGAAUGCGAGCUAAAGAACACCUGGAGAGCAUAACCGGUGGAGGCGGUGGAGGCAUCAGUGGUGGUGGUGGCGGCGGCGGCGGCGGCGGAAAGUUGUCUUGGCCUUACACGCAAUGA